UUUUUUUUUUAAAAAAAAAAGGCAGCUGAGAAUGGAGCCACAGGUGUGGAGCUGGAUGUUGAGUUCACUGCAGAUGGCAUUCCCAUUCUAAUGCAUGAUGAUACAGUCGAAAGGACAACUGAUGGGUUUGGGAGUUUACGUGACUUGACAUUUGAAGAAGUUAAGAAGCUGAAUCCUUCUGCAAAACAUAGACUAUGGAGAGAUUUCCGGGGUGAAAAAGUGCCAACGUUGAGACAAGCUGUUAUGGAAUGUAUGCAUCAUAACCUCAUAAUCUACUUCGAUGUCAAAGGCCAUGCAAAUCAGGCAGUUGAUGCCCUAAAACUCCUCUACCUGGAAUUUCCUCGUUUGUACAACAGUAGCAUUGUCUGUUCUUUCAUGCCAGAUGUCGUCUAUAAGAUGAGGCAGUUGGAUAGGAAUGUCGUAACUGCGUUAACACAUAGACCAUGGAGCCUUAGUCAUUUGGGAGAUGGGAAGCCUCGUUUUGAUUCCUUCUGGAAGCAUUAUGGGUAUAUAAUAAUGGACAUCAUUCUGGACUGGAGUCUACACCACUUCUUGUGGUACCUGUGUGGGGUGUCAGCUUUCCUCAUGCAGAAAAAUUAUAUUUCACAAGAGUAUGUGAGGCAGUGGUCUUCACGAGGAGUUCAAGUGGUUGGCUGGACAGUGAACGCGUUUACAGAAAAAAUGUAUUAUGAGACCGUCCUUGAGACCAGUUACAUCACAGACAGCUUGCUGGAGGACUGUGAUCCUCACUAUUAGACUUAUGCUGUGCGGACUCUUAAAUGUGCCAUCGUGGGUCAGGGAGGUCUGAGCUCAUCACCAAAGGGCUCCACAAAGGGCAUAUGAGGCUGCCACACAGGUUGGGUUUUUUGCUUUAUGAUUGUAUGAUUUAAACUUAAAUCACAGCAGGCCUCUCUGUGACGGUACUAGACUGGCUGAGGCACUAUCAGAGUGAGUGAUGGGAGAAGUGUUCUGUGCCUCCGCCAGCAGAGGAAGUUGUUGUAUGGUCUAAAGAGAUCAGUUGAUUUAGUAGUACAGGUACAUGACUUAUAACUCAUCUAAUCAAACGGUUUCUUUACUUCAUUUAACUCUUCUUUAUAAGUCAUCAGCUGCUUUGAAGGCCACAUUUUAAGCUGUACAUGAAACAGCCUGCUCCUCAAAUAAGAAAGUUUGGGGUGCUUCUAUGGCAAUGUUAAGAGCAUAUGGUAGGUGUUUCUCCAUAGCUUAAGUUUGAAUACAAUAUGGUCAGUAAAUUUUAGAGGAUGAAUAUACUUCACUGCUGCAACUGGAAAGAUGGAUAUUCUGUACUCUUACAGCAUGAAGAGGGACUCUAGCUGUCCUUGUUCUGUGCAAAUACUUUACUAAAAACUUGAUGGCUGGUGGUUAAACUUGAAUAUCUCCUUUUAUUUCGUUCUUAAACCUGACUUUAAAAGGGGUGAGGGAAUAUAGAAAGGUUCUUCCCCUCUUAUCAUUCUUCAUAAUAAGAGGCUGUUAGCCAGAGGCUAGCCAGUAGAUGAAACACUUGUGCUGCUGCUGAGUUGUUUGCACAGCUAGAAGGGCCCUGGGUUAGAGUUCCUGUACUGCUCACGGCACCUCCUCCUGGCUACCUGGGGGAUUAGUUCUGUCAGAUGCUGCACCCUCCUCAGUGUUCUCUCUACCCCUCUUCUUCUCCUGCUCUUAAAGCAGCAGCUUCUGGUAUGGCCCUUUGGCCAAGUCACUUAGGCUAUGUCUACACUGCGGACAAUAGUCAGAAAAAGAUACGCAAAUUGCAAACCGCAAGUUGCGUAUCUUUUUCCACAAAAGGCUUUUCCGAAAUUUGGCCUAUCUACACGGGGCCUAAUUUCGAAAAAAACUUCUUUUUCAGAACAUGCCUUAUUCCUCUCACCAAGAGGAAUACAGGGAUGCUGAAAGAACAUGUCUGCUUUUUCGGAAACCUUCCACUCGUAUCCUGGAAAAGCUCUGCCGUCUAGACAUAGCCUAAGUUCCUCCUCUUCUGGGGAAAUUACAGUCCUCUUAGUUCAGCUGUCCAGCUGAUCUCUCCAACAUCCUGUGCCACUCCCUAGUGGCUGGCUCAGGCCUGCCUGUACUGUCCUGGUCCUUGCUGCUGCUGCUGCUUCCCUGGACUUCUUCCUACAACAGCCCACCACACAGGGAGUGACAGCAGACUUCCUCCCUGCAGCCCUCUUCUGCCCUCAGUGCCUAGGCUUUAUACUGGCCACUUGUAUUUCUGCCCAGCUGGGCCUCAUUUAUUCAGCUCCUGCUCCCUAGCUCUUUUCCAAGUGCAGCCUGGGGAGUUAACUGGUCCUCCAUGGCAUCCCUAAACUUUUCCUUUUGGAACUCCAGGUCUUCUUCAGCUCUUCACAUGGCUUGCUCUACAGCUCUUUCACUUGCUCCACAAGAUCCUCAAGCACCCUUUCACUAAGGACUUGAGUUCCCACCACAGCUUGCUCUGCUUCAUUAUUCCUAUGUAUGUUUGGGCCUUCUCCAGCCCAGUCACCUUACCUGUUACCUUGGUUUUACGUCCGACUGGGUGUAUGGAACAACCACCUGCCAGGUUCAUGAUCAUUGCUGCUGCGUCUGUCCUAACGUCUCCAGCAUGAUCUGAUCCCAGCUCCCCUUCCUUAUUUCCUGUUGCACUUGGACCCACACCAGGGGUGGCCUAUGACUAUAGGCCGAGUCGGCUGUCGCCUAGGGGGCUGUCUUCAGCGGGGCACCCAAUGAUGACGUCAUGCCAUUGACGGCUGUGCAGGCGGGGGCGCCGAUCGCGCAUUCCACCUGGGGCGCCAGCUGCUGCCGCCCGCCUCCAGCCACCCCUGACCCACAGCUUUCUGAAGAGGGCACUGCCUCCUUACAUGGUCAGCCUCACGCACCCACAGCAAACUCUUUGCUUUGAGUCAGCAGUAGUCUUCUCAUUGGGCUUCUCAUCCAAUGUGUUCUCCUGGGCUAGCCUUCACCUCAUAGCUCAUACAUGCACCUCCCUCCUGUAGCCAUGCAAAACAUGCCCCUUCUUUUCUUGUCACCCCACCCCCAUUACGGCUCUUUUGGGCUUUAUUUGCUGCCAUGAGCUUGUGUGGUACUUCACAGCCCACUGCAGUCUCUCAACCUUAUCUUGUCUUAGGGUCAGGCAUCGCACAGGUCUUCAUGCAGGGCCUGUGGCUGUCCUAGAGAUUAGCUCUGCUGGUUGCUGGGUGCUUCUCAGCACACUCUCUACCUAGUAUCUUCUCUCAGUCUGCAGCCUCUCUCCCUCUCCGAGUGGCAGCUUCCAGUUUGUGGCUUGGUCCUCCAGCCAGGUCACUAAGUUCUUCCCCUUCCAGGGAAGUCAAGAGUCCUGGACCACCUGGCUGGCUGCCAUCUCCAGUGCCUUGUGACUGGUUGGAGACCACAGGCCUGUGUUCUACACUGAGUUCCAGCCUAGGGGACCUAUAACAUAGCCCACAGCUGUAUUGUCUUACCCCGCCUUUACUUAUCUGGCUCAACGCUUCCAGUAAUAAACAAGUCAGACUGUUCGGGCUAGUUUAUAAUAUGGGAAAUGUGCAUCAUGAAUUCUGAAUGUAUCCAUGAGAGUAGGUUUGAUACCCUUCCUAAUAGAUCAAGACCUACUUUAAUAUUGCUCUGAUUAUGAAUACCACUCAAUGAUCCAACUGUUGUAGCAGUCUCUUGGGUGGAACCUAGAGCUAGAUGAGAGAAUUCAUGAAUGGCACAGUUCUGCAAGGAAACGUGUGGGGAUAGAGCUACUGUAAAAUAAAGACGGUCUGAUUUAAAUUAGAGACAGCCCAGGGGAAAUUAACCAAGUGUCUAUUUUAUCCCAUACCUCCUGCACAAAACAUCUUUUCCAUGUCAUUUAAAAGUAGAAUCUUAAAACCAGUUGUCUACCUGCUGUUACCACUGAGCUGUAGCUGACCAUCCUAACUUUUAACCAAUAGAUGUGUGACUCUGUAUUUUCAGAUCAAAUGGGUAAUUGCAGGCUUUAGCAUGCAGGAUAGCCUCUUGCAUUAGUUAGGUAUGAAUUGCCACAUCCCAUGCCCUCUGUCAGGCCAGAUACAGCAUUGCACAAGUGGCUAGUUUUUUUUUUUUGUUUUGUUUUUUUGAGACUGGGAAUUGAGUAGCUAGGAUAGCAGAUUAAGUGGCUCAACUAUCCAGUCUCUCCGUUUUGUAUUUAAAUGAUGCCUGAUAUUCAUAUGCCACAUCUCACUAUUGGGUGAAAUCACCAUCUUCAUGGUCUAAGGCACAUCUCCUCUGAUGAAUCAGGAAUUAAAAUCUAUCUCCAUGCAUUAAGUAAAGUCAGCAUUUUGGGCCCACUAAUGUUAGUUGAGAGUAUGGUUCUAUAGCAUCACUUGGCUCAGAUGAAAGCUGAAUGAAACAUAGGAACUAACAAGUAGAUCAAAGGAACGAUGGGCUCUGAUGUGGGGGAUUAAUUAGAGCAGCAGAAAAUAGUAGCUAAUUAUGUGUAAUAGGGCAACAGAUGUCAAACACCGUCCCCUACUGGGGAAUGUCCAUAGACUGAUAAAGGCUGCUUAUUUUCAAGAGCUGUUCUUUCUGUCUUACCAGCCUGUCUUCAACCUAGUCCUUUUUCAAACAGCCUUUGCACGGUGAGCCGAAGGCUGAAGUUGUAAGAUGUAUCCCAAAGAGUAGUGUGGCCGGUGGCAAUACUGACAUGUAUGCACUAAAUCUACUUUUAAUAAAAUAUCCUCGUCAAA